AUGAGCAUCAUUUUCGAAAAAAGUGGAACAAAAACACACUUUGAGAUUGAAAUGCAUACAUUCAUAUUCUGUAAAAUAUUUUUUAGAGAUAUGCGAAACACAUCUGCAACAGUUCCACAAGUGAACACAACUACUUCAUUUGACACUUCACUAACGUCAUCAACUGGACAAACACAAACAUUCACUACUGAUCGCACACCGGCAACAUUCACGAGCACUCCAUCCACAUCCAUAUCAACACCAACAACACUCACUGAUAAUCAAACUUCACUGACAUCCACAUCUUCCAGCAAACUGACAGAAUCCGUGAGGACAACAUCGGUUCCAACUAACAUCACAACAUCAAGUACUGUAGCAACAAACACAUCUGCAACAGUUCCACAAGUGAACACAACUACUUCAUUUGACACUUCACUAACGUCAUCAACUGGACAAACACAAACAUUCACUACUGAUCGCACACCGGCAACAUUCACGAGCACUCCAUCCACAUCCAUAUCAACACCAACAACACUCACUGAUAAUCAAACUUCACUGACAUCCACAUCUUCCAGCAAACUGACAGAAUCCGUGAGGACAACAUCGGUUCCAACUAACAUCACAACAUCAAGUACUGUAGCAACAAACACAUCUGCAACAGUUCCACAAGUGAACACAACUACUUCAUUUGACACUUCACUAACGUCAUCAACUGGACAAACACAAACAUUCACUACUGAUCGCACACCGGCAACAUUCACGAGCACUCCAUCCACAUCCAUAUCAACACCAACAACACUCACUGAUAAUCAAACUUCACUGACAUCCACAUCUUCCAGCAAACUGACAGAAUCCGUGAGGACAACAUCGGUUCCAACUAACAUCACAACAUCAAGUACUGUAGCAACAAACACAUCUGCAACAGUUCCACAAGUGAACACAACUACUUCAUUUGACACUUCACUAACGUCAUCAACUGGACAAACACAAACAUUCACUACUGAUCGCACACCGGCAACAUUCACGAGCACUCCAUCCACAUCCAUAUCAACACCAACAACACUCACUGAUAAUCAAACUUCACUGACAUCCACAUCUUCCAGCAAACUGACAGAAUCCGUGAGGACAACAUCGGUUCCAACUAACAUCACAACAUCAAGUACUGUAGCAACAAACACAUCUGCAACAGUUCCACAAGUGAACACAACUACUUCAUUUGACACUUCACUAACGUCAUCAACUGGACAAACACAAACAUUCACUACUGAUCGCACACCGGCAACAUUCACGAGCACUCCAUCCACAUCCAUAUCAACACCAACAACACUCACUGAUAAUCAAACUUCACUGACAUCCACAUCUUCCAGCAAACUGACAGAAUCCGUGAGGACAACAUCGGUUCCAACUAACAUCACAACAUCAAGUACUGUAGCAACAAACACAUCUGCAACAGUUCCACAAGUGAACACAACUACUUCAUUUGACACUUCACUAACGUCAUCAACUGGACAAACACAAACAUUCACUACUGAUCGCACACCGGCAACAUUCACGAGCACUCCAUCCACAUCCAUAUCAACACCAACAACACUCACUGAUAAUCAAACUUCACUGACAUCCACAUCUUCCAGCAAACUGACAGAAUCCGUGAGGACAACAUCGGUUCCAACUAACAUCACAACAUCAAGUACUGUAGCAACAAACACAUCUGCAACAGUUCCACAAGUGAACACAACUACUUCAUUUGACACUUCACUAACGUCAUCAACUGGACAAACACAAACAUUCACUACUGAUCGCACACCGGCAACAUUCACGAGCACUCCAUCCACAUCCAUAUCAACACCAACAACACUCACUGAUAAUCAAACUUCACUGACAUCCACAUCUUCCAGCAAACUGACAGAAUCCGUGAGGACAACAUCGGUUCCAACUAACAUCACAACAUCAAGUACUGUAGCAACAAACACAUCUGCAACAGUUCCACAAGUGAACACAACUACUUCAUUUGACACUUCACUAACGUCAUCAACUGGACAAACACAAACAUUCACUACUGAUCGCACACCGGCAACAUUCACGAGCACUCCAUCCACAUCCAUAUCAACACCAACAACACUCACUGAUAAUCAAACUUCACUGACAUCCACAUCUUCCAGCAAACUGACAGAAUCCGUGAGGACAACAUCGGUUCCAACUAACAUCACAACAUCAAGUACUGUAGCAACAAAUACAACAGGAACAGUUGCAGAAAAUAGUACACUUAGUACCAUCAAGGCUUCAUUCACAACAAGUACAUCUUCAAUAGAGCUUAAUACAUCCACAACCAUAUCAGUAUUAACGACUAUAGUAUCCACUGAUAAAUUAACUGAAAGAACAUCUACAUUCUCGAGUCAAUCAACACAAUCUAUCACUGAUUUAAUUACAACAGCUUCGACUUUGACUACCACUGAAACAACAACCACUACAACAAUCUAUGUUGGUAGAGUAUCUACAACAUUUCAAGUCAAAGCAAUAAUAUACGCUUUCAGUACUGGCAAGUAUGUUACGUGGUCAAAUGAUUAUGCUGAUAAAACAUCGAGUGCUUAUAAAACCCUAUCUACAAACUACUGUUCCUUGCUAUUACAGAGUAUACUAACAGAAAAUACCCGAAUAACUCAAGGUGCAACAUGUACAUUAAAUAGAUUCAUUCGAAGUACAUUAAAUUUACAAUCUAAACGACAAAUUCAAAAUUCUAACAAUAAUACAACAACUGAUGCUGUUCAAGGUGAUGCACAAAUUGAAUUACAAACAUUAGCUGGUUCACAAUUGAAUCAAGCACAAUUUUCACAAUUAUUAUUUAAUGGUUAUCAAAAGCUCAAUUUAUCAAGUGGAAAUUAUUUAAGUGGUAUUGAAUCAACACGAAUUUCACCAACUAUUACAUGUUCACAAACUCGAUCACUUUGUGGUGAACAUGCAUCAUGUAGAAAUACUGAUAAUGGUGUCACAUGUACAUGUGAUCCAAUGUGGAAAGAUUUAAAUCCAAGUGAUCCAGGGAAAAAUUGUACACUACAUCCUGGAACAAUUGCAUUAAUUGUAUUUGCUGCUAUUCUAUUAACUAUUGCUAUUAUAGCAUUAAUCUAUUUUAUAAUUCGAACUGAAUCUAUUAAACAAUUACGAUUAAAACAAAUGACUUAA